AUGUUUAGAAUCAUUGUCAAAUCUAUACACCUCAUUCUCAUUCAUUUGGCUUUGAUAAAUAUGAUAACUCUUCUUACAAAACUAAUGCCAUUGAUAAUAUUCAGUUUUGGGUUUAGAGACCUCAUAGAUGAUACAGCCUGUAAGAUGGUGCUUUACCUCAGUAGGGUGGCCCGGGGCUUGUCCAUCUGCACCACCAGUCUCCUCACAGUGGUCCAGGCAAUCACCAUCAGUCCCAGAGCCUCCAGGUGGAGGAGGCUGCAGCCCAGGUCAGUAUGGCACCUGCUUCCCUUGUUAGUCUUCCUUUGGAUACUCAAUUCCUUGAUAAGCAUGAACUUAGCAUUUUACUCCAAAAAUAUGUACAGGAUGAACACAUCACAAUUUAUUAUCAGUUUCAACUAUUGUUAUUUACAACAACAAACUGGAAUAAUCAGAUGGAUUUUUAUUGUUCUCAUGGUCCUUCGAGAUGCUGUGUUCCAGGGUGUCAUGGGUGGGGCCAGUGGAUACAUGGUCUUCCUCCUCCACAAGCACCACCAGCAUGUGCUCUACCUUCAGACCUCCAAGCUGCUCUACAGAACCCCCCGAGGUGAAGGCUGCAAAGAGUGUCCUCCUUCUGAUGCUCUGCUUUCUCUUCUUCUAUUGGACAGAUUGCUUCAUGACUUUAUAUGUAACGUUUACCUUAGAGACGAAUUUUCUGGAACCGGACUGCCGCAUAUGGUGGCCCGUUACGAGGAGCCCCGGGACACUCAGGGAGGGUGUGUGAAUCGGGGCGGCGGCUGCCUCGAGCCGGCCAUGGCGCAGCAAGGACUUUCCAAGUGGUGA